UGCCAUAGGCGCGGCACUCUGCUCACGACCACCAUCUCUCCUUGCGUCUUGCUACAAUCCCUUCGGUCUACUCACAUCUCAUAACUAUGCCGGAACAGUCUGCCCCCAAGCGUCGUCGCAUCCAACGCUCGCCAUCGCCGGAAUACAAACUAGACGACGAAGCCAGCUACGAGCCUUACGUGCCAGUAGCCCAGCGAAGACAAGCCAAGUUCGCGAAGCUCACGUCACGGGGAACGGAAAAGGCCAAAGCAACUGCGGGGCAAGAAGAGCAGGACGAGCGUGAAGAUGAAGAGCGGGAGGAGGAGAGACGGCGAGAGAAGGCGCGGAAAGAGAGGACGCUGUUGAUGGAAGCGCAGGAGGUGCAUGAGAGAAAGGCCGCAGAAGACUCGAAGAAGACCGAUGCUGAGAAGACGGAAGAGGCGGAUGCUGAGAUUCUCGCUGCCAUCGCGAGUCGGAAGAAGCUCGCGUCCGACCUCGAGCUGGCCCAGGGCGUCCAGUACACGGAGCCGUUCAAGACAUCAUGGCGCCCACCAAAGUUUGUUCGCGAGCGGAGCCCGGAGGAGCACCAGAGACUCAGGGAAAAGCACCACAUCCUGGUUGACGGCGAGGACAUUCCACCUCCAAUCGAUAACUUCACUGACAUGAAGGUACCGGAGGUGCUCGUGAAGUUUUUGAAGUCCAAGCGCAUCACCACGCCCACACCAAUUCAGCUGCAAGGCAUUCCGACAGCAUUCGCAGGCCGGGACAUGAUCGGCAUCGCAUUCACCGGUUCCGGCAAGACGCUAGCCUUUUGUCUGCCACUGAUCAUGUUCGCGCUCGAAGAGGAAGCUAAGCUGCCCUUUGUACGCGGCGAAGGCCCCGUCGGUAUCAUCCUCUGCCCGUCCCGCGAACUUGCCACCCAAACAUACGAGAACGUCCUUACAUGGACGGCUGCGUUGGCACCCGACGGUGGCGGGAAGUACCCGCAAUUGAACACGCUGUUGUGCAUCGGUGGUAUCUCGAUGAGCGAGCAGAGCCAUGUCCUGAACAAGGGCUUGCACAUCGUCGUGGCGACACCGGGGCGCUUGAUUGACAUGCUGGAGAAGAAACGGUUUACAUUCGAUAAUUGCCGGUAUCUCUGUAUGGACGAGGCUGAUCGGAUGAUCGACUUGGGCUUCGAGGAUGAUGUGCGGAACAUCAUGAGCUUCUUCAAGCGACAACGGCAGACCCUCCUGUUCUCGGCCACGAUGCCCCGGAAGAUCCAAGACUUUGCACAGCUAUCACUCGUCAAGCCCAUCCUCGUCAACGUCGGGCGAGCUGGUGCGGCGAACCUUGACGUGCUCCAGGUCGUGGAGUACGUGAAGCAGGAGGCGAAGAUGGUCUACCUGCUAGAGUGCUUGCAGAAGACGCCCCCGCCCGUUAUCGUCUUCAGCGAGAACAAAAAUGAGGUUGAUGACAUCCAGGAGUACUUGCUACUGAAGGGUAUCGAGGCGGUCGCCAUUCACGGCUCCAAGUCGCAAGAAGAGCGCCAAUACGCGAUCAAGUCGUUCAAGUCCGGCCAAAAGGAUGUGAUGGUCGCGUCGAGCGUCGCCUCGAAGGGGCUCGACUUCAACGACAUCCAGCACGUCAUCAUCUUCUCCAUGCCAAAGGAGAUCGAGGACUAUGUGCACCAGAUCGGGCGUACGGGCCGCAGCGGCAAGACCGGCAUCGCUACGACCUUCGUGAACAUGAACACCGCAGAGCAGACGUUGCUCGAUCUGAAGUACUUGCUCAUGGAGGCAGGACAGAAAGUGCCUCCAUUCCUGCAAAGCAUAGAAGACCCGCGUGCCGUCCAGGGUGGCUCGCUCAAGGGCUGUCCAGUGUGUGGUGGUCUGGGCCACGGCAUCUCCAACUGUCCGAAGCUCGAGGACACACAGAGGCGCCAGAUGGCCUCGCACCGGAUGUCGGACGACAGAGGUGGAUAUUAGACUGUCGUUUGUUGCAUGUUGUUUGUGUUGUGUGGGUUGUAUCGGUGUAUUAACAGCAUCCUUUCUGCUCUGGACCGUGGACGAUCCUCGUGCCUCGCUUCACUAAGGUGCUUGUGACAAGCUAUACUU